AUGAAUCCCACCUCCGUACCUGAGGCUGCGGCGCCGCGCCAGUUCAAGAAGCACCGAGUCCUACCGCGGCCGCACAUCGAUCAGCCGCACGAUGGCUCUAUUAGGCGCAAACCCAAUCUAGCCAGCGCAGCGACGGUGCCCAGAAGCUCGACGCCUCACCCGAUCGUGAACCCGCAGCCCUUGAAGCACCAGCUCAGGAGAAUAAACACCGGGCCUGAUUUGCCUCCAACUCCGCCCGCGCAUUCAAACGCAUCCUCCAGCAGCCAUUCUGCCGCCCCAUCGAGCCCGACGAGCACCGAAAAUAGCGUCAGGCUGCCGAAUGUCGUCGCGAGUCGACCGCCAGCCACCCCUCCGGAUCAGCGCAGCCCCCCGACUCCAGAUGUCACCCCGCCGCAUCCUGCAAGCCUUGCCAAGAACCCGCGUCCAAGCAUAAAGGACCGCAUGGCUUCGGGGAGCACAAUGGGGCCGGAGUCGAGGACCGAGUCUUUCAUUACCGCCCGCGAGGAAGUGACGUCUUCGGAGGACGAAGCCGGAAGACUACCUGAAUGGCCUCGCAAGGUUUCCGGGACCUCGCAAACUACCAUCACUCCAUCUGCCAGCACUCCCCCUACUAAUGACGACGUGGUACGACCAACAACUCCUCCUGACAGAGCACACAGAACACUAGCCGGAGAUGGAGGGCGAGGAGAAGGCGACUCUACGCCAAAGGCGAAGCCCAAAGCUUCUGAAUCUGUCGACAGACAGGGCACUGCCCCCGAAGUUGGGCAUUCGCAGGAUGCCGCCUUAGCGAGUGUGAUAAUGUCCCAGAAGAAUCAGUAUCGACGUCGACCCUCAGGAGCGUCGCGGCCAAUCCUACACCAUGAUCCUGUCGUCGAAGACAAAGUAUCUGCUGCGCCUACGGACGCUACGAAGGCUGUGCGCAAUAUGCGACUUGAAGAAGCCGCACCUGUAGCCUCAUCUUCAAUGAAGCCUGAGGAUCGAAAACCUGCCAAGUUGGUGCAUCCGCAAGUGGAGGCGACGGCAAAGCGAGACCGACCAUUAAGCACAUCCAGCCAGUCGACUGUGGUCGAGGUUUUUCUUGUUGAUGGGCCCCCCAAGCGACAGAGAACUCUGCGCCACAUGCGAAAACAAAGUACUUUGAGAGAUGCUGCUGAAAGUAAGCGAGACGCCAGCUUAAUAGCACAUGCCGAAGACGUGAAAGAAGAGGCUCCAAAACCUCCUAAGGUCACACAGAGUCCAAAGCUUGAUUCAUAUGAUCGAGAGAGCCACAUCUCAACUGUCACACACUCGACAAAUAGAUCCAUCUCUAGUAGAACCGCGAGACGGGAUAUUUGGAAGAGCGGUGCUAUCCCGGUAGUCAUUGUCCCUGAACGACGGUCGUCGAGGGGUCCCAGGAGUAGGGAGCCUUCUCUUCGAUCGGCAUCUAGCAGACACUCGGACAAGGCAAGGAGCGUCAACUCCGCCCCUGUUCGUGAUCCAUCGCCGUCUGCAAACUCCGGCCCCGUCUUUGAGCGCCCUGCUCGCCGGAGCCGAGCGUAUUCCGAAUCGGAUAGAUCUGAAAGGACGAUUGAUUUCCCUCCAACAAUUCCGCAACGGUCUUCAUCGCUCUCUGCUCCAACAAGUCGCAAUGUUUCUAGGCCAGGAUCGAUAACUGCUAGCAGCGUCAAGGUGCACAGCGCCGAGGUCGAGCAACAGAUUAGUCGCCAUUUCAGCCAGGAGGUGCACAUCAUCUGUCCUAGUACGCCAUCGUUACCACCUCUAUCCCCAGAGAUGAGGGGCUUGGAAAGGGAGGAAACAUUUGAUAGCCUUGGGGUUGAUCAGCACGAUGAUGUGCUUUCGGUAAAGAGGAUUCCGCUGCGAAACACGCCUUUCUCGGUUGCCUCCAUGGAGACGUGUGCAACAGCCCCCGAGCUGGUAGAAGCCCUCGCUGUUCACAUGUUUCCUCACCAAAACUCGUCAGUCCUUAUGGUUGAUCAUUCGAACCGGCCGUCGGAGGCAGCGUUGGUGAAGCGCGCAUCCAGCCCUCCCAAAUCCUUGAUGGCGCAUUUGUAUGAGCAGGCUCCUGUGACUCCUCCUCAGAAAAGAUUCUCUUCCCUCGAGGUGGAUUCACCUUUGCGCAACCCGCGAGCUCCACCACAGCCGCCAAGACACCCACCUGCGAUCAAUUUCAUACCCGCCACACCAUCGGGCAUGACGCCUGCGGCUGAGCGAGUUAUUCUACAAGGGAACUACUUUGAAUCUCUGAGAGAGAAGCCUCCUCGACGGCCCUCCAUCGUCAGAAGGGCAUUUAGCCGGCGGCGCCAUUCCAUCGACUAUGUCUCAUCCUCGAGAGGACCGGGCUUUCUCGCCAGGACCUUUUCUUUGUCGCGGAGAGCCCGCGAUGACAGCGACAUUUCUCUUUAUAAAGACAAUGAUAAGCCUACUGAAGAGGACAAGCUUCAUCCGUUUUGGCGCCCCCAGUGGAUCAGCGAUGAGGAUUCCGAACCUAUGGACGACGAGGACGAAUAUAGUGACGGCGACGACGACGAUUAUGAACGUGAUGAUGAAGUCUAUCGAUACCCCCCCGUGGACAACCGCCCGCGGAGACCAACGAGGAGCUUUAGCCAAAAGGUGAAGCAGACUUUCUCAAUUCUGCCAUCACAAGAGUAUCAUGUCGAUGAUGUACAUGGACCCCAGCGUCGGACGAUCAAACGGACAUCCAGUGGCAAUUUGCGCAUCGUGCGCCGCAGAGUCAGUGCUGAGUCGAUGAGACGGCGACAAAGUGAAAGCAGAGACCCAAGAUCGAUUGUGGGUGAACCUCGCAAACGGUUCUGGCGAAGGCGAAGUAUUAGCCGAGGUAGUGUGAUGGGUUCACGACGAUUUUCCAUUGGGAGCAAGCUGGAAGAAAUUCAAAACAUUCCCCAGAAGAUAAGCGAGAGACGACGCGAGAAACGAUCACAGAGGCUUCGACAAAUGAUUAGCGGCCCGAAGGAAGUUCGAGACGGUGUUGGUGAAGUGAUCAGACGUGGCAACGGAACAGCUCAAAUCGACACAGCUCAACGAUUUUAA